AUGUCAGAAGACUGUCGUGCCUUUGAAAUACUAAGGGAAGCAGCUGAGAAAGCCAUGAUUGAGCUCUCUUCUACAACCAAACAUACAUCAACCAUCCAUUCAUCACAACUGAUGCAUCUGAUGCUAAAACUUGUGAAGGAUGUUGGAAUCACAACAAAAGAGGUUGAUGAAGUUCUUCUGGCGGUCGGAAUGACACUUGCCAUGGGAGAAAUAAUUCAAGGUGGAAUUCUGAGAGGUGAUGUUAAGGAGUUGAUUCUUCUUGACGUAACUCCUCUUUCUCUUGGGAUUGAACCCUUGGUAGGACUUUCUCCAAACUUAUUGGUAGAAAAACCUUUAUUCCAACAAAGAAUGGGAUCGAAGUCCUCCCAUAUAUCUAUUCAACAACUGCAACCAAACAAAUCACUUGAAAGGAGUUAA